AUGGCAGACUCCCACGCGAGCAGGUACUCCGCCCAGCGUCUCGCAAGCCGCGAGCAUAUACCCGCCUAUCCCCGCGGCUUCAUCGCCCUUCGCAUUGUCCAGCUUGCCCUCGGCCUCAUCGCCCUCGGACUCUGCGCCUUUGGUGCCUACCUCUGGCCGAUCUCUGGUAAUUGCCUCAUGCUCUUCGUCGCCGUCGCUACCCUCAUCGUUACCGUCUGGCUCGUCGUCGCCGAGUACUCUCUACCCUGCAUCUACAACUACUGGGCCGUCCUCGCCCUCGACAUCUUCCUAGUCGUCUUCUGGCUCUGCGCAUUCGCCCUCCUCGCCUCCCAGGCCGCCUUCGUCUUUAGCGGCACCACCUACUGCAACGUCUAUGACUGUUACUCGUCCGAGCCGACGGGUCUGUACUUUGUAUUUGCUGCCUGUAUGGCGGCCGCGUCUGCGAUCGGCGGACUGCAGUUCGCCCUGUUUGUUACCUCUCUCGCUAUCCACAGUACAGUGCUGCAUCGUCACCGCAAAGCCGGCCUGCACUGCACCCCGCAGAACUUGCCCGGCACUCGCAACACCAUCGCCGACGAAAAGAACACCAUCCAGGCCGCUUACCAGCCCGACCACACAGCCACCGCGCACAACGCUCCUCCAUACGCGCAGCAAGACGGAACGGACAGCAGCACUCAACAGCAUCAGCAGAACCAGCCCCAGGCGCAUCAUGGGCAGAUCUACUCCCCUCAGCAGGUGUCGACACCGCUGAGCACACAGCCUAACGGGGUCUCGCAUGUUCGAUGA